AUGACAUUUGCUCCCCAGGAAUCUCAUAGGAUUAAUUAAUUAAUUAUAAGUAUCAACGAAAUCGUAAGUAAUUUUAUUUUGUCAUAUAAAAUGUUACACAGAAUUUAGUCAAAUCAACAAAACUAAUUUAGCUCGCUAGUUAGGAAAAACCCCGAUAAUCGCGAGUUCGCCAACAACGAAUGCCAGUACCGGCGAGAAUAGAAAUUAAAUUGGCCUUUAUUGGGAAUUCCUGGUCGUCGAUGGUUAUCGAACGAUUUUGCUUUUAAAUAACUCGUUUUUUUUCGGUACGUAUACGAUGAGGUGACUCGCACCCGUAGACAUUAGACGGGAUGUCACCAGUCGCUCUGCAGCUCAUGCGAUUGUACUUAUAUUACUUAUAUCGGUUGACGUACGACAACAUAAUAUUAUAAUAUGACGUAUAACGUUUUUUUUUUUUUUUAUUGAAUUACUUAAUACUACAUCUUUCUUCGGUUUUUUUCUUCAUUUUAGUCACCAAUGUUUUCUUGUUCGAUUCGGGUUUAGGUGUCGAAGUAGUAGGUAUCACGUUUAACAAUAGGAAUAACUGCACCAAAUAAAUCCGUGUAUUCGUCGGAUGACUGGGCGUCUUCGAUCAUUUUCAAUUGAAAUUCAAAUGAGUCAAAGAUUCAAUAUCAAAUGGGUCCGACGAGAGUGUAUACGUCUUGGCAGCGGAUCAUUUUCUGUUUUUAUGAGGAUAUGGGAUUCGACUUCCAGACAUAGUAGUAGUGUCUUCCGCUGUCGCUCCACUGUGACGGAUCAUACGUUAUUUGUUCUCGACCGGCGGGAAAAAAGAAUAUUGCUCUGGAUCCACCAAGGCAGACAUGGGUUUUUAAAUGGAUCGACUGAAACCCGCGAUCAAGCUCAUCGGCAACAUACCGUACGUAUGCAGCCCAAGGUGUUUAAUGUUCAAAACUUAAGGUCAAAAACAUAUAAGUAUUUUCUUUACUGGGGGAGUAAUUUGGUGACAUUCGUCCUACACUAGUGACACAGACCGCGGUUACGCCGUUACUAGCCGUGGAGAUAUUAGGUUGUUUCCGCAACUGGUUAGGCCAGACAGGAAGGGAAGAAAGGGAUGAUCACCCCGGACCCAGAAUUUUAAAGAGGGCCCGGAAAUUAGGGACUACAAAUUAUUAAAAAUUAAACACAAUUAAUGAACACUGCCGAAAAAAUUAAGAUAUACCUUAAAAUAUACCCCCGGGCCCGGGUUUCUUUCUACACUUAAUUAUUUCUACUUGAAAUAUUGAAAAUUGUUAAGCAGAAAUAAUUAAAAAAUCAAAAAUAUUCUUUACAUAGAAUCAGAAGCGAUGUUUUGUAAAUAAAUAAAAACAAUUUAAUUAUAACGUUUUUUGGAAACUAAAUUCCAUGUAAUUCUAGAAACUUAC